GGCGCCGCCAUUGUGGUUCUGUCAGAGAGGUGCUGGGCGCCGGCGGGCGGCGGAGCGGAGCGGAGAUGGAGUUCCAGGCCGUGGUGAUGGCGGCGGGAGGCGGCUCCCGCAUGACGGACCUGACCUCCAGCAUCCCGAAACCGCUGCUCCCGGUGGGCAACCGCCCCCUGCUCUGGUACCCGCUGAACCUCCUGGAGCGCGCCGGCUUCGAAGAGGUCAUUGUGAUUACAAGGAAGGAAAUCCAGAAAAUGCUAAGCUUGGACACAAAAAUGAAGCUGGAUUUUGUAUACAUCAGUGACAACGUGGACAUGGGUACAGCAGAUUCGCUGAGGCAUAUUCACCAGAAAAUAAAGACUGACGUUUUGGUAUUGAGCUGCGAUCUGAUCACGGAUGUCGAUUUAUAUAAAGUUGUGGAUCUCUUUCGGACACACGAUGCUACUCUCUCCAUGUUGAUGAAGAAAGCUCCUGAACCCACGGAAGUGGCACCAGGACAGAAAGGGAAGAAAAAGCCUGUGGAGCAGCGGGACUUCAUUGGAGUGGAUGACACAGGAAAAAGAUUGCUCUUCAUGGCUAAUGAAGCUGACCUAGAUGAAGAACUUGUCAUUAAAAGAUCCAUCCUGCAGAAGCACCCCAGGAUGCACAUCAGAACAGGGCUGAUGGAUGCCCAUCUCUACUGUCUGAAGAAAUAUGUGGUAGACUUCCUUGUAGAAAACAGGACAAUCACAUCUCUCCGGAGUGAGCUGAUCCCACAUCUGGUUAGGAAACAGUUCUCUUCUCCUACAUCAUUGCAGCAGGGACUGGACAACAAAGAAGAGGGCCGAAAGAAGAAAGAACAAGCAUCUCUAGACAUUUAUAGUUUCAUAAAGGAAGAUAAUAGCUUGCUGAAACCUGCUCCAGAUAACUCUUGUUGGAAUGAUCAUAGAGGAGAUAUGAAUGAAACUCUCCAUGAAGGAAAAGUACGCUGCUACGUCCAUAUAAUGAAAGAGGGACUGUGCUGCCGAGUGAAUACACUUGCGUUGUAUAUUGAAGCAAAUCGACAGGUUCCCAAACUAUUGCUUAAUCUGGGUCUGGAAGAGCCACUGGUCCAUGGGACUGCACAGAUCACUGACAGAGGCAUGGUUGGAUCAGACAGCAUCAUUGGGUCAUCCACACAAAUCGGGGAGAAGACAUCCAUUAAACACUCCAUCAUUGGCAGCGCAUGUACCAUAAAAGACAAAGUUAAGAUAACAAACUGCAUCAUCAUGAAUUCUGUUACAAUUGAGGAAGGGUGUUGUCUUCAGGGCAGCGUUAUUUGUAAUAACGCUGUGAUAGAGAAGGGUGCAGACAUCAAAGACUGUUUGAUCGGAAGUGAUCAGAGGCUGGAAACCAAAGGUAAGUAGAAAAGAUGUUUUUAUGAUGCAUUUGUAAUUAAUUUUUAGAAUUUCCUCCUUGAGAUUUUCCUCCUGUUUCUUCAAGAGCCAGUAAACAGUGGCAGUUCUACAGUGCGGUGUCCCUUAAGAUUAAGAUUUGUUUUUCAUGGAAAGUGCAGCUUCCUGGCAUAAGAAUAGUGCAGGGACUUGCUCUGCAGAAGUUGGCAGAAAAACUUUGUUGUUACUAUAAAGAACAAGAUUGGGUGCUGAGACAGUCUUUUCCCAGAGACCACAAUUAGGUCAGCUUGGAGUUGUCCUCAGCAGAAGGAGCUGUCGAUUUGACAAGUAGUUUUUGUCAGUGUUAGGGGUGAUGCAGUCAAAUGAGUGACGGCACACACAUCCUUCUCUUUGUGAAUGCUAGCAGCCACAGGUGCCAGCAUGUUCCCAUCCACCCUGCUCCAUGCAGGAGCUCAAGAUGGAAUGUCAUACUGGGAGCUGCUGUGCUUAGUAGUAAAUACAAGGGCAGAUACAUUCAGAUCUGCUUUACUGCAAUGAAAUGCUUUUUUGGGGUUUCAGAGAGGUUACAACUAUGUGGCCCCACUUUGGGCAAAGUUAGGCUAUCCAAUCAAGCUGUGAGUGGUGAGGGCUCAGUAACCGCCUAAGUGGAACUGUUGAUUUCCUGCCCUAAGAGAUAAUGGGCAGGAAAUGGCUGUCUCAGUGACUGCAUCCCAAGCAGAGGGCUUUUUAAUGAAUAUUUAUGGUUGGGGUUUGGCAGAUCCCUGCUCUAGGGUGUGGACUGAGGACAGCAGUGGGUUCCUUUUUAGGCUCCAUGUGAAGUUAUUUAGUCAGAACAGGAUUUGUUUGCUUGUUUUGUCUUUAUAGUAUACGGGUGGUUUCCCAAUUGUGAGUGUCCUCACAAAGAGCAGGCUUUGCACUUCAUGUGGUAUGGUAUAACCCAUUGCCAGCUAUGCAUAUGGAAAAUUUUCUUUUAAUUUGAAACUAGAAGUAAAAGAGACUCGUGAAAACAAAGUGUUGAUCCUACAGUCUCAAGUCUCAGAUACUGUAGGAAACACCCAGUCUGUGUUAUGUGCACUGUGGUCUUGGUCCUUGUAUUCCACAGUUUCUGCUUACCCAUGGCUUUGUCCAUCACAUCAGUUGUAAUCAUCGACCCCUGGGGGUUCAUUGCCUUCCUAUCCCUGAAGAUACAUACUGUUUAUGAUGUUCUAUCUGUGCCAUCUUCUGAGCAUGAACCACUAGGAGAGCUAAAUCAGGUCAUGUUUGUUUCUUAAUGUAAAAUUUGAACUAUGAGGAAACUGUGAGGGUGUAGAGUUAGCUAAUUUACUAUGCUCAACUUCUUCUGCAGAUCAUUUCAAACUGAAAUAUCACACUUUGCCCUCACUCCUGUCCUUUUUGGUAGUCUGUUCCAGGAUGCAGGUCCCAGUCUGUUUGAUGCUGGUAUGGAAACCGUUCUUCAUUAUUGUCCUUCUCAUCUUUAUCUGGACAUUUUUCAGGAUCUGUCAACAUAAUUCUAUGAUUCUAUGAUAACGUAUUUGGGAGGAGAGGAGCAGGGCUGGAACCUGCUGUUCAUUUACCUAUUCCUUUAGGGCCACAUGCUCACCUCUCCAGGGCACUUCUCAGUGAGUCUGUGGGCCCUCCAGCUAAACUAUUCAGGAACCUAUGACUGAUGCUAGCAAAGACACUCAGGUAGAUUAUGAAUGACAAAUAUGCCAUUAUGCCAAGCAAGAAAAAAAUAAUAACAAAGCCUCAGUUCAUUUCCCUGCCUCAGUUUCCUAACCGUUUUGGAAUUUCUUUGAGCUGGGGGUCAGGUUCUCCUUGGUGGUCUGGGAUCUGUCUGUGAAGCUCAUGACUUAUUUCCUGAACUGCAGAGUCUUUCCAACCCAGCAUGUUUCUUCUGACCUUGCCUGGUCCCACAGCAAACUGGGCCCUCUCUUUUUCACUGUGAAAGCAUGCCAUGACUUCCUUUCCCCUGCCCAAGACUUCCUGUAUCUUGUGCCAAGCUUUUGGUGUGGCCCUGUAAGUCUGUUUCCAUAUUCCCACUUUCAUCAAGACUUUGGCUAUGUUGUUCUGUUCGGUAACUUUUCCUUCUUCAAACUCGAGCCUUCACAGCCAGGUUACGAAAAACUGGUUCUGUUGGGUCACAGCCACCUUUUAUUGCAAGCUGAUCGCACCUCAGCAGACGUAAGCAGUAGCAGCUGGCUGUUGACCCCAAUCUGGGAGUUACAUGCUAGAAACCUCAGCAAAGCUGCACACACCUUCCCAGAAACAUUAAAGAAAAAAAAAAAAA